GGCAUGUUCUAGACGUUCUAUUUUGUUUCCUCUCUCAACUGACAGUGACUUAACGCUAGGGGCAAAAGGGGCUCACAAUUCGCCUGUUUUGUCGGAGGCUCACCGGGUUUACGCGUCGGUGUUGGUGGCAUUCGUGGACGUGGUGGUGAAGAAGAAGAAGAAGAAGAAGAAGAAGAGACGUGCUGACGAAUAAGAAGGGUGUAUGUGUGUGUGUCCCACGCAGUAUUUCAUAGUCACCGCUAUCGUAACUUCAUUUCAUGAGUUCAUCGACGCUCCCUCCAGGCCGGUGGUGGACAGACAGCUGAACUGAACUCCUUACCGUUCAGGCCGGAGCUCACACGGAGACUUAGGAGUGACGGGUGACAACAUGGUGGAUUACUACAGUAUCCUGGGUGUGUCCAAAACAGCCACUCAGGACGACAUUAAGAAGGCGUACAGGAAACUGGCACUUAAAUGGCACCCAGAUAAAAAUCCAGACAACAAGGAUGAAGCGGAGAGAAAGUUUAAAGAACUUGCUGAGGCCUAUGAAGUCCUGUCUGACAAGAGUAAACGUGAUUCUUAUGACAGAUUUGGAAAUGAGCGGAUGCCAAACACAGGUUCCUCAAGCUCUGACUUUUCAUCAGAUUUCCCAGGAUUCACCUUUACAUUCCGCAGCCCAGACGAGGUAUUCAGAGAAUUCUUUGGUGGCCAGGAUCCUUUUGCUAGUUUCUUCGAUCAUCAUUCAUCAUUUGGAGGCUCCUCCUCUCGUCUCGGCCCUAGUCGCUUCUUCUCUUUCCCUUCAACCAAUGCUGAAUUUACCUCGUUCUCCUCUUCCAUGGGGGUUCUGGAUGGGAUGGAGAGCACUAGCGGAGUUAUGGGCAACUUCAGAUCCAUUUCCACCUCCACUCGCAUCGUAAAUGGCAAACGCACCACUACCAAGAAGAUAAAGGAGAAUGGGCAGGAAAGAAUAGAAGUUGAGGAGGAUGGAGUGCUAAAGAGGGUCGUAAUUAAUGGUGUUGAAGACGAAAUGGCCCUCGCUCUGGAGCUGAGCCGACGAGACGCCCAGUCCCAUCACUCUCCUCAGAAGCCACGCAUCCAAAAUAGAUCACCUGCCGAGUGCGACAGGCCCCACCCCAACCCUCUCUCGGCACCCACACAUCGGUCAUUCAGCUCCGCCCCUUACUACAAUUACGGAGGGACUGUGGGAGGUAGUGAAGAGGAUGACGAGGACGAAGAGCUGCAGAUGGCUUUGGCAUGCAGCCUGUCAGAAAUGGAAGCACAGCAGAGAGCAGCUGCUCCUGGCUUCAUAUCAGACUCGGACUUCGAGGCCUUCACAAGCUAACCUGUCUCAUGCUGCUCUGUGGCCUGACCCAGCCAUGAGGUCAAAGGUCUAUUCCCAUGAUGCACUUAUCUCUCAGCCCCACAAUGGCUCCUCUCUGCUUAAAAAUAGAUGCAAAGGUGUAAUUUUAUGUUAAUGUGUGUGUGUUCAUUGCUUACUGUGAAGCAAAACACUGGAAACUUUACAUUUAGAAACCCAAUUAAAUAGUUCUAAUACUCUCUUCAUUAAACAAUGAUAUUCCACUGUAUUUCAUUAAAUGUUAUUAUGAGAAAACA